ACUACUCUCACUAGCUAGACAUCUUUAAUUGUUGCAAUGGAGAAGCCUCAGAGAUCUCAGCUUUUGAGGACACUUCUCCUUCUCCUUCUUCUCACCAUCACUCCUUCAAUACCUGAUUCAUUUAGGCCAUCCUAUCUAUACUUCCUUUUCAACAUCUUCGUUGUUGCAUUAGGUAUUGAAGCUGGCCUUCUCAGUGCUAUCUCUGGUCCAUUACAUGACCAGCAGAAGCCUAGCAAUGAAGUUAGUUUAAUUAAUAUUUCAACUAAAAAUCAAGUUGUGCAACAAGAGGUUAUAAAACAGGUGGAAAAGCCUGCAGUACUAACGGCUGAGAAGGUACUUACAGUUGCUAGAAUUCAUAGAGUUAAGAAGAGCACAUCAACACCGAGCCUGUUUUUCAUCGGCGGCGGUGAUGUCGAAGCUCAUCAGUUUGUCGACUACUACGAGGAGACAGAGGAAGAAGAUGAAGCUGAUCAUGACAGUGCACAGGAGCUGUUUGCCAAGGCUGAGAUGUUCAUUGGAAACUUUUACAAGCAGUUGAAGAUGCAGAGAGAGGAGUCAUGGAAGAAGAUACAUGGUUUAUAUCACAAGCCUUUCUAAUUAACUUUCAUAUAUAUAUAUAUACAUAUUAUUAAUUGUGGGAUAUUAUGCUUAUUUGGAACAACAUUAAAUAACAUUGAGUCCAUUGAUUGUAAUUUGAUCAGGAAGAGUUAUGAGGAGGCAAACUGUUUUUGUUUGCUAGGUCUCCAAUAAUUCUUUUCUUUAGUUCAAAUGUUGCAGCAUUAAUGUAUAUAUAGUUUAGUUUCAUGUUAUAUAUAUAUAUAUAUAUAUUAUGAACAAAUAAAAGGUAUUUGGUGAUCAGGGUGAAGCCUAUAUAUAGUGUU